GCUCCCAAACAAAGGUUGUUAUCUGCAGUGUUGCCAUCAGAUAGGGACCUGUACUCAUAGUGGCCUGAGUUGCCUCCUGGAGGCCUGGGUCCCACUCCCCUACAAAGUCUCUCCCCAUUGAGAACAGGGACUCCUGGGUUGCAUGUCUUCUCUUGUUCUCCUCCACCAGGGAAUGGGGGCCCCUCCCAGACUCCUGGGUCUCUUUUUCCCAGCCUUAGUCUCUCCUGCCUGGCCAUGAAAGUGUUAAGGCUGUGGGAUAGGAGCCCGCAGGGCUGGGCUAGGGAAGCGGGUGUGGAAGAGACUCCUGGCAGCUCCUGCCAGAAAUCCUGUGCAGUGCAGCCCAGGCUGGAAGAGCAACACCCUCCACUAUUCCCCAUCUGGGACCAGCUAGCUAUUCAACCCUCUCAUCAUAACCGGGCUGAUGAAGGAAGGUGCGGGGCGUAGUCCUCCCUGAGAGCAGGACCCCAGAAUUGAAAGCAGGGAAACCCCAGGGAAAGGGAGAGCCCCCUUAAGGGUGGGGUUAGGGGGCACUGGGCUGGGGAGGACAACUACUUGCUGGCCAGUGGCUGGAGAGCCUUGGGAGGCACUUGGGGACUCUGAGGGGCAUGGGAGGAGGGUGGGGUUGCUGAGCAGUGAAGGAUCAAGGAGCUGGUAGGGAGCAGGGUGCACUGUGAAAAGGGCGGAGCGGGGCGGGUCUCCAGGGUGAGGUGAGAAAAGGAAUCUAUGGAGUGAGGGAAAGGUGUCUCAACGUGCCCAGCAAGGGAAGAGGAAGGCAGGAGUGGGAGGGCGGGGGGUUCUCCAGAGAACAGGGAGGGGGGAAGUCCCUGGGGGGCACAAUGCCCUGUCGCCAGCGCCCCCCAGCCAGCGAGCCCCCACGCCAGGAGCUGUCCUACGAGAGCUACUACAGCCUGAGCCAGCUGUACCCACUGCUGCUGCUGCUGCUGCUCCUCGUGCUCAGCACCUGCCUGGCACUUGCUGCCACUGCCAUCGCCACUGGAAGGGAUCUCGCCUCUGACCUAAGCUUUUUCGUCACCUUGUUUGUGGCCCUGGCUGCAUUUUCUCUUGUCCUCAUCCUCGCCUGCAUUGAGAGCAUCUUCCAGAGAUGCACCCGGGUCUUUUCUGCUGUCAUCUGGGCUGGACUCCUUACCAUGGGCCAUGUCUUCGUGUUUACAGGUGGUGUGGUUAGUGCUUGGGACCAGGUUGCCUUCUUCCUCUUCAUUGUUUUUAUCGUCUACACCAUGCUGCCCAUUGGCAUGCAGGAAGCAGUGGGUGCUGGUUUGGCCUCUUCUCUCUCCCACCUCCUCAUCGUGGGGGCCUACCUGUCGGCCAGGCAGGGCUGGGAAAUGGAGCUGGCCCUGCAGCUCCUGGCCAAUGCAGUGAUCUUCCUGUGUGGGAAUGUGGUGGGAGCCUAUCACAAGCACCUGAUGGAGGUAGCCCUGCGGGAGACCUUCCACGAGACCUUCAACCUCAUCCAGUCCCGGGUCAAGCUGGAGUCUGAGAAGCGACACCAGGACCAUCUCCUUCUCUCAAUCCUGCCUGCCUACAUCGCCAUGGAGAUGAAGGCUGAAAUCAUCGAGCGCCUCCGAGAUGGGGGGCAGGUGCCACGGAGACAUGAGAGUGCUAACAACUUCCACAGCCUCUAUGUCAAACACCACAAGAACGUCAGUAUCCUCUAUGCUGACAUCGUGGGAUUCACUCGCCUGGCCAGUGAGCUGUCCCCCAAGGAGCUGGUGUUGAUGCUGAAUGAGCUCUUUGGCAAAUUUGACCAGAUUGCCAAGGACAAUGAGUGCAUGCGCAUCAAGAUCUUGGGUGACUGCUACUACUGUGUCUCCGGGCUCCCCGUUUCACUGCCCAACCACGCCCGUAACUGUGUCAAGAUGGGUCUGGACAUGUGUCGGGCUAUCAAGAAGCUCCGGGAUGCCACUGGGGUGGACAUCAACAUGAGGGUUGGGGUGCACUCUGGAAAUGUACUGUGCGGGGUGAUCGGGCUCCAGAAGUGGCAGUAUGAUGUUUGGUCCCAUGAUGUGACCCUGGCCAAUCACAUGGAGGCUGGAGGAGUACCAGGGAGGGUGCAUAUAACCAAGGCCACUUUGUCCCACCUGGGAGGAGUCUAUGCUGUGGAGGAAGUCUGUCACUGGCAACGUGACGCUUACCUGAAGGAGAACAAAGUGAAGACCUACCUGGUCAUCGACCCCUGGGCAGAGGAAGAGGAAGAGGAAGGAGGAGAGGACACUCUCUCUCCCAUGCCUGGGGAGGGCCUCAAGAUGAGCCCAUCAGUCCGCAUGACCCGUUACCUGGAAUCCUGGGGAGCUGCCAAGCCCUUCGCCAAUCUCAAACACCUUGAUGUCAUCCCAGCUGAGGAGCGGGGCUUCAUCAGGAGCAACCACUCGGAAAUCUCCCUGGGGUCUCUGAACCAGUCAAGGACCCUCGAGCGGGUUUGCUCCCCGAAGGGGCCUGAGGAGGAGCUUGCCCGAGUGGAUGAAAAGUUCUUCCAGCUGAUUGAACAGCUCAGCUCACCCAAGCAGUGGAAGAAGUCAGAGGAUUUUAACCACAUUACCCUGUACUUCAAGGAAAAAUCCAUUGAGAAGGAGUAUCGACUCUCUGCCUUGCCUGCCUUCAAGUAUUACACAGCCUGCACCUUCCUCGUCUUCCUCUCCAACUUCUUCAUCCAGAUGCUUGUGGCCUACAAGACCCCAGCUCUGGGCAUCUCCUAUGGAAUCUCCUUCUUCCUCUUCCUUCUCCUCCUCCUCACUUGUUUCGCUGGAAACUUGGCAAGGUGCUUCCUGAAAGGCCCAAAGCUGCUGUACUGGGUGCCCUCUAUCUCCACUGCGGUCUGCACCCAGCCCUGGCUCCGAAUCACCCUUGGCAUCACCACCAUCCUCGUUGUCCUCAUUAUGGCUGUACUCAACUUGUUCUUUUUGCCCACUCCCUGGUGUCCUCCUCAGUCCCCCAACUGCACAUUACCAUUCAGCACUUGUCAAGGGCAUGGAUCCAAUGACUCCCUGUUCAGCAUCCCGUACUCUAUUUACUGCUGCAUUUUGGGCUUCCUCUCCUGUUCCCUCUUCCUCCACAUGAACUUUGAACUCAAGCUCUUGAUGCUUCUGCUGUGUCUAGUGGUCUACAGUGCCCUCUUCCUCCGGACCCACGGCUGGCUGUCUGACUGCUACAUUGCUCACCUCUACGCCGACCAGACAGCACUCAGGCCAGGGGUCCUGAAGGAACCCAAGCUGAUGGGAGCCAUCUCCUUCUUUGUCUUCUUCUUCACCCUGCUGGCCCUGGCUAGACAAAAUGAGUAUUAUUGCCGCCUUGACUUCCUCUGGAAGAAGAAGUUUAAGAAGGAGCGUGAGGAAAUCGAGACCAUGGAAAACCUCAACCGUGUCCUACUGGAGAAUGUUCUCCCAGCUGAUGUGGCCCAGCAGUUCAUUGGCCAAAAUCGCCGUAAUGAGGACUUGUACCACCAGUCUUAUGAUUGUGUCUGCGUCCUCUUUGCCUCCAUCCCUGACUUCAAGGAGUUCUACUCUGAGUCCAACGUCAACCGUGAAGGGCUGGAGUGUCUGCGUCUGCUCAACGAGAUUAUUGCAGACUUCGAUGAGCUGCUCUCGAAGCCAAAGUUCAGUGGUGUGGAGAAGAUCAAGACCAUCGGUAGCACCUACAUGGCAGCUACAGGGUUAAAUGCCACCUAUGGCCAAGACAACCAGCAGGAUGCUGAAAGGAGCUACAGUCAUCUUGGAAUCAUGGUGGAGUUUGCAGUAGCUCUUAUAGCCAAGUUGGACAUCAUCAACAAACACUCCUUCAACAACUUCAAGCUUCGUGUGGGGAUGAAUCAUGGCCCAGUGGUGGCAGGGGUCAUUGGAGCCCAGAAACCUCAAUACGACAUUUGGGGCAACACAGUGAAUGUAGCAAGCCGCAUGGAGAGUACCGGGGUGCUGGGCAAGAUCCAGGUCACAGAAGAGACCUCCAGAGCCUUGGAGACGCUCGGUUAUACCUGCUACAUCCGUGGGGUCAUUAAGGUGAAGGGUAAAGGUCAGCUGUGUACCUACUUUGUCUGUACUGACCUCUCUCGGUCCAGCCCACAGGCCCCCAUGCUGAGCUGAGCUGAGCUGAGGCCCUUCUUCCCCUGGACACAUGGACACAGUAGAGAUCCCUGAAUCACACUGCAGAAUUUUCUUCUUGUCAUCAGGGUGUUCAUAACACAGGAGACUGAUCGUUCUGCAUUUGUUUCACUUGCAUCAUGAACUGAGGCCUGAGCUCAGCCUAUUUCUAUGGGACAAACAAGGGGCAGGGGAGGAUGGGGAGAUGGAUAUCUACUUUCUGGAGGGGACUCACUGGAGACUUGGAGUAACAUGAUAGCCCUGGGAACUGGGAGAGCAAACAACAUUUUUUGGAGGAGCAGUGAUGGAGGCCAAGAGCAGGAUGGACACUACAAGAGCUGGGAGAGUCCGCAAAGGGGGCAAUUCCCCACCCCUCCUUUCCUCAAAGUCAGACUCCUCCUCCUCCACCCUGGAAGAGCCACCACCCCUAUACGUUGAGCAGUUCAUCUUUUAAAGUCCUUCACGGUAGCAGGAAAUGGUGGUUUCCCUGGUUGACUUCCGGUGAGGUUAGCAGUGUGCACCACUCAUUCGCUGUCACAGCAACCCUGGGACAGAUGGCUGUGGCCCAGUGCAUAUGUAAUGGCCAAAGAUGCUUAUUGGAGGCUGCUGAUGUGUGUAGGCACGAAAGCACUUCUGUGUGAAAUAACUGCAUUUGCAAAGGCGUGAUGAUAUUGUGGUAGUUUGGGUGUUCUUUAUGCAUGGAGCUGUGCAAAGGUGGUGUGGGUACUCAUGCACUUGAAAGAGUCUCAUGGCAUCCUGGCUGAGAAUCACUAGUGUACACACAUGGAAAUAUUCACGUGCAAGUGAAUGUGCAUACACACAUGCACACAUGCCAUUUAAGAAAUCGGGCCAUUUGAAUUAUGCAAAUAGCACUGCUUGCCCACUUCUGUUGCUGUGUCCCCAUAUCUGGCUCCUACACUGAAGCAGUGUGGGGUUGUCCUUGCUUCAGCAAGAGACUCCAGGGAGGAAGAGGGCAAGUCCAGGACUCUUUCUGAGUCCUGUCCAGGGCUGGUGCCCUUCUCACACCCCUCUGGUUCUGCCAUUGUGAUUAACCUGUGGUUUCAGUGCCUGUGUUACUGGUACCCAGAGAGUGAGGGAAAGGAAGCCUCCUGAUCUGGAGGCAGAGUAAACAGGAGCUGGACUUGAGGGGCAGCUGAUUAGAACAAAGGGGCAGUUUCGGGAUGGGCUUCAUGACUGGGACUGGGGCCUGGUGGGGAGGAGGGGACGAGGGGAUAGAGAGGAAACCUGGAACUCGGAGCUGAGAGGGAGAUGGCGCUGAUUGGGCAAGAAGGUGGGAAACUCAUAGGGGAGUCUGGGACAGGGUGGGCAGGGAGACCAAGGCUUGGAACUGGGGGAAGCUUGGAAGUUCAUACAUUAUAGAGCAGGAAAGGUCACCUGGUUUGGUCUCUGAGAAACCUGAGACUCUCUGGGCAAAGAUGGGGACUCUCAAUGAUAAGAAGAGAGUGUGAGGGAUAUGGAGUUAGUGAUUACUAGGAGGAGACUGAAAUAAGAUACAGAACUGGUUGGGGAGAUGGGCCUAGCUAUGCUUGUGGGGUACUUGAAGGGACUAGGUCUGGAGAGAGAAUGAGCGUGGAUUUGUUGAAAGAGAUGGGAUGAAAGGGGGUCUGUGGCUAUAGGCAUACACCUCCCUACCGAGUAGAGAACCAACACCAGAUGCCUGAGCCUCCCUGUUCCUUCGCUGUCAGCAAAUAUCUGAGCAACCCACUGGCCAUGUGUUUCUAUCCUUCAGCUAGAACUGGUCCACACAGGGGAUAUGAAUCACCCAUUGCUAUCAGCUAAUCUGUUCUGUUCAACCAUGACAGUCUGCCUGGUGGGUCUAAACAAUCCCCACAUUGCUGAUAACCGUUUUGGAUCUGAGCGUGAUGCCAUCUGAGGGAAUGAUGAUGUUUCCACUUGCUUUUUUUUUUUUUAAGAGAAAUGUACAUGCACAGAAAUGAAAAUAAUGUUAUUGUGGUUGCAAAGCCAUGCUCAGGAAAGCAGGAAAAUCCCAGAAUUAAGAUUGCUCAUGUAAACUUA